CAAGUCAUGCCUCAUGCAUAUUAUCUAGGAUUUUGCUGCGUUUUAUCUAUCAACAAUAUUGUGGCAUAAACGUCAGAUAAGAUAACCUACAUGUAAAAAUGUGACCUUCAAAAAAUGUUGAAAAUCACUGUUGAAUUCAAGUUCCUGCCGUUCCUAGCAAAAUAAAGCCAGCAAAUGUGCGACUGCGAAAAAGGAAACAGAAGCAUGGAUAUGAAAACCCCUCGGAAUGUUCAUUUAUCCGCUUUUUAUAAAAGAAGCUUCGCAUUUCAUACGGUCAAGAACCGUAUGCCAAUCAUUUUAACCAAUAUCAUCGACGGUCUAGUGAGAAAUAAAGCAAACAUCGCUAAGGAAUAUGGCAUAGAAUCUGCUGAAGAGCUAAAAACUGUGAUUGGUGAGUUAUCAGAAUUGAAGUAUGAAAUCCAAACGAAUAAGCCACUAAAGCCCUUAACAAGCACUGCCCCAGAUGCUAGGAUAUAUAACGAAUAUAUUGCUGAACAAGCCACUACAGAAAAUCCACCAACCCAUUUUCAUACUAUUUGGUUGCUAACAGAAUGCUACAUGUACCGUAGAAUAGCACAGGCAUUUGAGAAGAGCAACACAUUGAAGGACUACGAUAUAUUCAGGGAAAGUAAACAAGAAUCAUUCACAAAUAGUAUAAAAUUGAUUCAGCAAAUGGCAAAAUAUAUAACAGAGCUUUUGUCUAACAUCCAAAAACCAAGUAAAGAUGAUUUCAUAGCUUUAUUGAAAUUGAAUCUGUGGGGAAAUAAAUGUGAUUUAUCAAUUUCUUUAGGCAAAAUGACAGAUCAUAGUACAUUGUUCGAUACAGCUGCGCUAGAUCCCCAUAUUCUGUCUGAUCAUAGUGAACAAAUUUGGCAGGCUGUAUCUGAUACUCAACCAAUGUCUGAUAUAGUUACAAUAGUUUUUGAUAAUGUUGGAUAUGAGGUAUUCACAGAUUUAUGUAUCGCUGACUAUAUAAUAUCUACAAAAAUUGCAGAAAAAGUCAAGAUGUAUGUAAAAACCAUUCCUUGGUUCAUCUCUGAUGUUAUGACUCAUGACCUUUAUUGGAUGCUAAAUCAAAUGAAAACCACAAAUGACAAAUACCUCAAACCUUUAGCUGCAAAAUGGUCAAAUUAUCUUGAAGAUGGAACAUGGAAAGUGAUAGAAUCAAACUUUUGGACUUUGCCUUUUGACUAUACUCAUAUGAAAAAAGUGAAUCCUGAUCUGUACAAUGAACUGUCUGAAUCCAAAGUUGUGUUCUUCAAAGGGGAUCUGAACUAUAGAAAGCUGUUUGGUGAAAAAAAUUGGCAUCCUACUACUUCAGUUGAAGAGGGACUCCAAGGGUUUCAUCCUGCAAAAUUAGCUAUUCUGCGCACUAUAAAAGCUGAUAUUGUAUGUGGAUUACCAGAAGGAGUGGCUGAAAAAACUGAAGGAGAGGAUCCGAAGUGGAUGGAAAAAGGUGAUUGGGGGCUAAUCCAGUAUUGUGGAAAAGUUGAACCAAUAAAUUGAUUUUCAGGUUUUCAUAUUAUCUAUUCACUCUCCAUUUAGUGCAAUACAAUUAGAUUUUUUAUAUUGCAGCUAUGAAACAAAUAUGUCUGUGAUCAUUUUAAUUAUGGCAACAAUAAAUUAAAUGACAAUGGA